UGAAGCGACGCGAGCGCCUUCCGCAGCCCGAGCCCGUAGCGAGCCGCCGGCCGGCCCGCGCCGUGUCCGUGGGCGCCGUGUCCGUGGGCGCCGCGCCGGGCCGGGCCCAUGUGCGGGCGGCCCGUCCCAGGCCGCCCGGGCUCCGCCUCCGCCAGCGCCCUGGCCCCCGCCGGGGCCUCCGAGGAGCCGCCGCGUCGCCCGGCCCGCGGGGCAGAUGAAGAGAUUAUAAAUCUUCCACUGAAUGAAAAAAUUUUUCUUAAAGUUGCAUAUACUCCAAGAAAAAAACAUAAUUUUUUAAAUAUUUUGCCUGAAUUCAAAAUUUAAACAAGAAGCUUCAACAGAAGUCCUUUUUUAGGAUCCUGCUAGAAAAACUUGUCCCAUUUGGUUUAUCGGAACUUGUGGUCCCUCCAGCCACUCACCCACUCUAUGGCUAAAAGCAGUAUUCACAGACGCCUCCUCUAGCUGCCCUGUCUUCUCUGUGGCUGUCAUCAUGUUCUGGAAGUUUGAUUUGAACACCACGUCCCAUGUCGACAAGCUGCUGGAUAAGGAGGAUGUGACGUUGCGUGAGUUAAUGGACGAAGAUGACAUCUUGCAGGAGUGCAAGGCUCAGAACCGGAAGCUGCUGGACUUCCUCUGCAGGCAGCAGUGUAUGGAGGAGCUGGUGAGCCUCAUCACACAGGACCCACCCCUGGACAUGGAAGAGAAGGUCCGCUUCAAAUAUCCAAACACAGCUUGUGAGUUGCUGACGUGUGACGUGCCACAGAUUAAUGACAGACUAGGAGAGGACGAGACUCUGCUGAACCUUCUUUAUGACUUCUUGGACCAUGAGCCACCUCUCAAUCCUCUGCUUGCCAGCUUUUUCAGCAAGACCAUUGGCAAUCUCAUUGCACGAAAAACUGAACAGGUGAUUGUGUUCUUGAAGAGGAAGGACAAAUUUAUCAGCCUGGUAUUGAAGCACAUCGGCACCUCGGCCCUCAUGGACCUGCUGCUGCGCCUCAUCAGCUGUGUGGAGCCAGCUGGGCUCCGGCAGGAGGUUUUGCACUGGCUUAAUGAAGAGAAGAUCAUCCAGAGACUCGUGGAGUUGAUCCACCCGAGUCAGGAUGAAGAUAGGCAGUCCAAUGCUUCUCAGACUCUCUGUGACAUCGUCAGGCUGGGCAGAGAGCAGGGCAAUCAGCUGCAAGAGGCUCCGGAGCCAGACCCCCUCCUCACAGUGCUGGAGUCGCAGGACUGCGUGGAACAGCUUCUGACGAACAUGUUUGACGGAGAUCAGACUGAGAGCUGCCUCGUCAAUGGGACUCAGGUGUUACUUACCUUGUUAGAAACAAGGCGGGCUGGGACAGAGGGCUUGGUGGACUCCUUUUCUCAGGGACUGGAGAGGUUGUGCACUGUCAGUGGCAGCAUCCUGCACGGCAUUGAGCCACGGCUGAAGGACUUCCACCAGCUUCUGCUCAGCCCUCCAAAGAAAAAAGCAAUCCUGACCACCAUCGGUGUGCUGGAGGAGCCCCUGGGGAAUGCCCGUCUGCAUGGUGCCCGCCUUAUGGCUGCACUGCUGCACACCAACACCCCCAGCAUCAACCAGGAGCUCUGCCGACUCAACACCAUGGGCUUGCUGCUGGACCUGUUUUUUAAGUAUACCUGGAAUAACUUUCUGCACUUCCAAGUGGAGCUAUGCAUAGCCGCUAUUCUCUCCCAUACUGCCCAGGAGGACAGGGCAGAAGCCAGUGGACCCCAGAGCAGGGUUGAGCCUCUGCCUGGGAACAGGGACUCAGAGGCCCCCCAGCCUGCCGCUGGCCACCCCGAGAACACAAUGGUGACCCAUCUGUUCCAGAAGUGCUGCCUAGUCCAGAGGAUCCUGGAGGCCUGGGAAGCCAAUGACCACACACAGGCAGCGGGUGGCAUGAGGCGUGGAAACAUGGGCCACCUCACCCGGAUCGCCAACGCCGUGGUGCAGAACCUGGAGAGGGGCCCCAUGCAGACGCACAUCAGCAAGAUCAUCCGAGGGCUUCCUGCGGAUUGCCGCGGGCGCUGGGAGAGCUUCGUGGAGGAGACGCUGAGGGAGACGAACCGCAGGAACGCCGUGGACCUGGUAAGCACCCACCACCUUCACCCCUCGAGUGAGGAUGAGGACAUGGAGGGCGUUUUCCCUAACGAGCUGUCCCUGCAGCAGGCUUUCUCGGAGUACCAGGUCCAGCAGAUGACGGCCACCUUCGUGGAUCAGUUUGGCUUUAAUGACGAGGAAUUUGCAGACCAAGACGACAGUGUCAAUGCCCCCUUUGACAGGAUCGCAGAGAUCAACUUCAGCAUCGACGCUGACGAAGACAGCCCCAGUGCAGCUCUGUUUGAGGCCUGCUGCAGUGACCACAUCCAGCCCUUUGAUGAUGAUGAGGAUGAUGACAUCUGGGAGGAUAAAGAGACACACUGUACCACCCGAGUGACAGCCAGAGCCCGAUUUGGGGGCCCUCAUACCUCAGAGAGCUGCUCAAAGAACAGCCUGGAGCCUGGAGGCCAGGAUGGGAAGGAGGGCUCGGAAGCAGAUGGGGAUGCGGCUCGGGCAGGCACCCCUCCGGCCACUCCCCAGAAGGAAGGUCCCCGCAUGGAGGGUGACCCAGAAGGUGCCACGUGGACAAUGUUCGAUGAGCCAGUGAGCUCAACGACGCCAGCUCCAGGAGUGGCAAUGGACGUGGGUUCCAGUGUGUGGGCAGCCAGCACCCCCAGCGCCUCAGUUCUGGAAGAAAAAGGCUGGGCCAAGUUCACUGACUUCCAGCCUUUCUGCUGCUCCGAGUCGGGGCCCAGAUGCAGCUCCCCAGUGGACAGAGGCCGUGGCGAUGCCCAGGGUGGCCCGAACCAGGGCCGAGAGAGAACUGUUGGCCCAGCCUCCCCAUGUGCCUGGAAUGUGUGUGUUGCCAGCAAGGCCUCCCUGGUGGCCUCCAACAGCGACAAGGAUGAGCAGAAGGUGGUUGGUGCCUUGGAGGCUGUUAGCAUUGUUCCUGGCCGGGAGGCCUCCCCACUGCCCACAUCAGCCCCCAGGGCUGAGUGUGGUGCCAGCAUGCUGCCAGACCUCGCCUCCCCUGCACCUGCAGAAGUGACCUCUGCCCCAGCUAUGGCUGGCCCCACCCCGGCAGUCUCUCCUGUGCUGGCUAUGGCCAUCCCCCCGGGGCCCAUGGUGGCUAUCACCACCACAGCCCCACCCACGGCCAGCCCAGCUGUCUCCACAGUGGCCACCCUGGGGUCAGUGACAAAGGACAGGAAGAUGGAUAUGCCGCCGCCCACAGGAGCCACCCUAAAUGGCCCCGUGUGACGCUGCUGCCGCCCAGCCAUGGCGCGCCCUUAAUCAGAAAACUACCUGGUGAUGCAAUUUGUCUUUUUUAAUUUAAUUUAAGUUAAUUUUAAAAUAAAUGCUGCAUUGGUAAAGCUGGCAGUUGGAACCGGUCAGAAGGCCCAGCUUCGUCUCUCCUGCCUGGCCCCACACACAGCAAUAAGGCCUCAGAUGUGCCCUCUGCCUGCGGGAGCCGGGGGCCACAACCCCAAGACGCCAUGAGGACUGAGGGCUGUGACGUCACAGGCUCUGAGCCUCCAUUUUUACUGAUUUUUUAACAAACACAGGAAGAGCCGCGUGUUUGCACUUUGUAUCCAGCCGCAGUGAAGGGUCUCCCCUCCUCUGGGGACAAAUGCAGGUCUGGAGCUGGGCUGGACCAGACAAGGUCUUUGCUGCCCAGUGGCCCGAGGAGCUGGCCUUGAGCCAGGCUGCAAAAUUUGACUGCCUUAAAAAUACAAGACCCUUGCCUGGUGGGGAUGCCCCGGCCCCUCAUGCCCCAGUGUAUGGUGGGGGCACCUGGCAGGAGGUGGGUGCAGUGGGUGCAGAGACUGCCUGCAACAGUGCUGGGUGGGGUGGGGUCUGCACCUGUUGGGAAGGGCAGGGCCGCAUCGUCCUGGAGGGGUCUGCAGGAUUACUUUAUGUUGAGUCCAUUUUUAUGAUAAUCUGACAGGGCACCCAGAAACCCAAUUCCCAAUAAAACUUGUGUUAUUACUGACAAAAUGGCGUACUCCUAAGCUGCAGGCCCUGGAACCCCAAGCUGGCUGGUGGUGGGGGUGUUUUUCUGCUGCCCCCAGGCCCAUCCUCAUGUCUCAGCAGCAAGUGUCAACACCUGAGUGAACACUGAGUUUCUCUCCAUGAAACAAGUUCUGCGUGGGAGCUCACGAGUCAAACAUGUGGAGCUAUUGCUGUCCCCAGAAGGCCAUCCCGUCCUCACACUUGCUUGGACAGAGGGGCAGCAUGAGGCAAUACCUCACCGCCAGUGGGGUCUGUCCUGGUUCCUCACAGCCAGGAGGAGGGUCUCCCAGCAGUGUCUCCAUCUCUCUUAAGAGGUCCUAGUCCUGCACUGACCUUGCCCUUUGGCCCCUGCUUUGGUGACAUCUCACCUCACCACCUCUCCCUCAAGAAUAGCCCUCAGCCCCCACGUGAAAUGGUGCGGGCACAGGAUUCCAGGCUUGUGGGUUUCCUGGGUAUUGGGAACCUUGGUCUGAUGGCCAGCCACAUGGUCUGGGGAGGACCUGGGUGCUCUCCUCACAGGCCACCGGAAGUUACUUGGGGGUCCUCCCUAUGCCUGCACUUGUGUCUCACACACCACCAUCCCCUCUGUAACCCAGAUCCAGUGGCCACCAACCCAGACCUCUCGGAUGGUCUCUCGGCCUCUGUGAAGGCCACACUGCCAUCCCGCCCACUGUCUCCCCUGCCCCUAGCUGGCACCUGUUGCAUGGGAGGUGCUGGUCCUGGUGAGACUUGCAUUUGAAUGGGAAAGGAGACAAGCAAGAAAUCCCAAUGAUGACCCUUAUGCCAAAGACCAGGGUUGGGGCAAGGAGGUCAGGGUUUGAGGCAAGCCCCAGGGAAGGGAGAAGACAGGUGUUUGGAACCAAGUUCACAGAACUGAGCAGCUGUCAGGUCCCCAUGCCCCACCUCCCAUGUGUAAAGCCGUUUCCCAAAUUCUCAAGGCCACUCGCUCUCUGGGGAGCCCACCUUCCUCAGGAUCUCC